UAACUGCAAUAUUUGCAUGGACCUAUCCAUUAGAAAACGUUUCCCUAACGUUUUGGACGCUGCAACCUGUAACUGUAACUGUAAUGUCAUCAGGGGAAAGAAGACCUCCAAUCCUUGCCGCCAGGGCACCAUCGCUGAAAAACCUGAUCCCCUAAAGACUGGUCCGUACGUUUCCUCCAGAUCCAACACUGCUCCUUCCCCUGGACGAUGAGUGCAGAGACCAUGAAUAAAGUGGACGAUAGGAAAGAGAACAACAGCAGUUGGUGGAAGAUCUUUACUGUGAAGGAAUCCGUCAUAAAGAAGUGGCGAUUUGAAGAUUCUAUGAGAAAGGAGCAUGAAGCUGAGAAACAACGAUAUAUGGAUGAGUACAUGGAUGAGAUUAAGAAACCACAAGCUGAAGCUAGCGAUGAGAUUACGGAACCACAAGCUGAAUCCAGUGAAACAUUUGGUGAUAUUGACAGCCAUGAGAAAAUUUCAGCUUCACAUCUGAGACUGUGUCGUCUCAAUAGCUUUGUUCAAUGAAGACGUCAUGGUAUAUGCAUGCUCCGGAAUAGCUGUAAGGCACUGGCAUGCUAAUAUAAGAGAUCACCAUAGAAUAUUUGUGACUUCGGCUCGCUUGGCCCAGAAAUUUAAUGAUAAUAGAACCAGAGAUGAUAACUUGAGGAUUGAAGUGUAUACUCAUGAUAAUGCAACUCUGCAUGGGUUCUUGGGACUAUAUGAUGAAAAUCUUGAUAUUGCUAUGGUCACAUCCUUCAAUCUCAAAUGUGUCUACACUUUAGAUACAUGUAAUCCUGUUGAUCUACCCAGAGGCACACGCAAUAAUAAGCUAUUUGCGUUUGGGCGUGCCACCACUGGCACUUUGAUGGGCACAAAAUGCUCUCAUCCUGUUUUCAACGAUAAAGGCCUUGUGUCGGUCAAGUGUAAGAUAACAGAGACUGGACGGGGAGGGCCAGUUAUAUAUUUUGGUCGUGAUGGAUCUGGGCACAUGGCUGGGCUUAUCACUGGAUAUUGUGAAGAAAAGACCACCUUUGUACCAACGAAAAUUCUUCGUGAAUGGUUAACGAGUCUUCUUCUCAUAACUAGUGAAACUUCCCAUUUUCGUGGAUAUUCUUUGCCUGAUGGUGUAAAGACAGUCAUCCCUUCAGGAUUUGUGGUAAGAUCUAAGAUUCUCCAAUCCUUGGGAUAUCCCUUGCCACCACCACUCGUGUUUGAGCUCAAUGGGAGAUUGGCCAGUAGGUUCGAAGAGUAUUUUGGUCAAUUUCAUUAUUGGGACGGGUAUCCUUUCGAUUUUCCUUAUCGUUAUGAAGGGGAGAAGCUUAUAUGGCGGAAAUUUGGAAAAGAUGUCGUUAACAAAAUAUCCCAAUGUGUUGUCGCAAUUGCUUCAUUCAGCGGAAAGAUUAGGUGUUUUGCUUGCACAGGCCUGCUUAUAAAAGGCAGAGACUGCCCAUUCGUCCUUACUUCGGCCAGUUUAGUUAGGACUGGCGAUGCUGAAGGCAAAAUUGAUGAGACCUUGAGUAUCGAGGUGUUUCUUCCACCAAAUCACUCUACAGAGGGGAUUUUGGAAUUGUAUCAUCAAAACUACAACAUCGCCAUUUUUCGUCUAAAACAUGACCUUACUACUCCUAUUUCUCCCCAAGAUAUCUUCUCUGUGAGGGAGUCUAGAAAUAAUAAGUCAGUAGUAGCGAUAGGGCGUGCGCCAAAAGGAGCUCACGGAUUAUUGAUGGCCUCAAUGGGUGAAGUGAAGGGUAAAUACAAUGUUGUUACUAAGCUUAAAAACAAGCAUUCGACUGGUCCACGCCAGGGUCUGGAUCUUGAUUGCGAAGAACUUCUUUUCUCCACAUGUCAAAUCAAGAAGGCUGGUAUUGGAGGCCCCCUUAUAGGUUUGGAUGGUAGUUUCAUUGGCAUGAACUUUUAUGAUGAAAGUAGAACAACUCCAUUUCUGCCAAGGAUCGAGAUUCUAAGAGUUCUGUAUAAAGGGUUUAGUCUGUUAGAAAGAGGUCUGGUCAGUCGUCCUUUCAACAUGGACGACAUCUCGGACUAUUUGACUUCUAAGGGACCCAAGUUUAUCCCACAGCAGACGACUCGAAAAGAAAGAGAAACCUGUGGCCUGUGUCCAAGCCAUAUUGGUGUCUUGGUGGUCAAGGUGAUAUUCGAGCCCAGUUUCGUGGAAAAGUCCUCAUGUAGACGUCAACCUGCUGUUGGAGUGCUCUCAGAUCGUCCAUGGCUAGCAACAUUUGAUUGGCAUGUGCAACUUCCUGUAUGAUUUAUGGCAAAUAUUUAUGUAUGGUGAUUGUUUAUGUGUAUCCCUGUCAAGUAUUUAAGGGCAUAGAGGAUGUAGUUAUCCUAGUAAGAUA